AUGGAUUCGCGUCAGGCCCUAGCUCUUAUAAUUGCGCAUAAUAUUGUACAAAAAUGGAAGAUAAAAGAAAAAAGAAAAAGGAAAUGUUGGGUUAGGAAAUGGGUGGACCGUCGAAGUGACUUGGGAGCUGCAUCGAACCUUGUAAAUGAGCUUCGGUUGGAGGAUGCACAGCAGUUUAAAAAUUUUAUUCGGAUGUCUGCAGUGCAAUUUGAAAUGCUUUUGGAUUUAAUAAAACACCAGAUUGUCAAGCAAGAUACACAAUUGCGUGAAGCGAUUCCUGUUCAUGACAGAUUAAUGUGUCCUUCUAGCACAGAAGAAUUGAAGAAAUAUGCAGAUCAAUUUGCAUUAAAAUGGCAAUUCCCACAUUGCUUUGGAGCAAUUGACGGCAAACAUAUUACAAUAGUGGCUCCACAAAAUAGUGGAAGCCUUUACUAUAACUAUAAGAACACACACAGCAUUGUUUUGAUGGGAGUUGCAGAUGCCAAUUAUAAAUUAAUUUAUGUUGAUGUUGGUUGCAAUGGUAGAAUUUCGGACGGAGGGGUGUUUAAUAACUGCUCCCUACACGAUGCUUUGGAAAGCAAACAGUUAACUCUUCCCGAACCAGAAGCAUUGCCUCAAAGAUAUUUGCCAGUUCCAUACAUAAUGGUAGCAGAUGAUGCCUUUGCUAUGACGUCAUACAUUUUAAAGCCCUAUGGGUUUCGAAAUCAACCUGCGCCGAAUCGAAUUUUUAACUAUAGACUAAGCAGGGCUCGUCGUAUUAUAGAAAAUGUAUUUGGCAUUAUGUCAAGUAAAUUCAGAGUCCUCCGUAAACCAAUACAUUUAGUGCCUCACAAAGUAAAAUAUGUUACUCUGGCAAUAUGUGCAUUGCAUAACUUUUUGAUUUCUACAUCAAAUUAUUAUUUGUGCCCGGGUUCGGUUGAUUUGGAAAAUCCUAUUACUCGUGAAAUUAUAAAUGGUGAAUGGCGAAAUGAACUCCAACCAGAAGGAACAUUGUUUCCACUAGAAAGGGGACGGCAGCGGAAUUAUUCAAUAUCUCAAAAAGAUGUGAGAGACGAAUUUAGAGAAUAUUUUAUGACAACUGCUGGUGAGGUUCAAUGGCAAUAUCAAUUCAUAAGUUGA